CCCAAGUAUUCAUAGGAGCUGUGAUUAGUUCCGAAAAAUUUCCGGGCUAUGCUAACUCUCCCCAACACAAAAUGUUAUAAUCGAUGAGUUUUCGUCCGCGCGAACAACACAAGAGUUUCUUAGCACAUAUGACUAGAAAAGUUGUGCAUUUGGGUUAGGGCUAUGAGCCGACAAUAUCCUUUUAAUCCUCUAGUUUUGUCUUUGCCGCGCGCCGCAGCGGCCGGCCGAGUCGUCAGCCGUGUGUGUAUGUGUGACCUUGCACAGCCGAGGACAGCAGGCCCGUCGCGGCCGGCCGCUAUAAAGGCCGCCGCCGGCCGUCCACCGACACAGUAUCGCUCACCUCACCUCUCCACUCACAUCAUGAAGCUGCUGGCGCUGCUGGUUGUCGUCGUCGCUGCCGCCGCAGUGGCCGAGGCCGACGGGGGAUAUGGCCACCAGACACACUACCCGGUCAAGACGAUCGUCAAACACCGCCGCUACCCGGUGGUGAAGCACCAGCCGUACCCGGUGGUGCGCCGCGUGCCCGUCUACAAGCCCGUCCACAAGACGGUCGUCAAGCACGUGCCCCAGCCGUACCCGGUCGUCAAACACGUGCCCGUCGUCAAGCACGUGCCCGUGGUCAAGGAGGUGCCCGUGGUGAAGCACGUGCCGGUCGUGAGGCGCGUGCCCGUGGUGCAGCACAAGUACCAUGUCAGGAAGGUGCCCGUGCACGUUCCCGUCUAUGUGCAGAAGCCCUCUUACGGCUACGGCCACCAUUAAACUUCCGGCAUCUAUAAAUUAAUCCAUUUCUCCUUGCUGCACUGCCGCGCUGUGGUCUGGUGUCUUCCGACCGCGCCCACCCACAGAACCCCCCAUCCGGCCCCUGGGCGGCGCCCUCCCGGCUCCCGGGGUGCUGCAGACCGUGUCCGCCGCACUGGAGCGUCUGUCUAUGCCGCGCUGUGUUACCGCCAAUGUGUUGUGAACUGCCUGUGUAUGCUGCGAUAGCACCCCUGUGCUGUCAAAUAUACAGUAUAUAUCGUA